AUGACUGAAGAGCCGCAGCUGGGUUCUAUCCAGGAGCGGAUUGCCGCCCUGAAGUUGGCCCAGGCGGCCAAUCCUUCUGGCCCUGAACCACCAAUCUUCCGCCCUAACAUCGACCGCAGCAGAUCCGCCAACAACCCUCCUUCCUACAAUGUGACCGGCUCUAUCCUUGACAGCGCACCCAUAGGGAAUGAGCCCGCAGGCGAGCGACGCCCAGGACAGGCUCCGCGACCGCCUCCGACAGUGUCGCCAAAGCCGGAAGUAAAACCCAAGAAGCCCCCUCCGCCCUUGCCUACGCGCCGAUCAGAUCGCUUGCCUCCUCCAACACCAGCGCGUGCUGAAGCUCGUCCUUCUCUUCCACCUCGCAGACCUACGGAGCCUGUGCGGAGGCCCUCCGCCGAGUCAGUCACCUCCAAGGCAUCACACUCGACAGCGGCUACAAGCGUUCGCGCUACCUCGACAUCUGUCAAUUCCAAUGGCAACGGCCGUAUCAAAGCGCCCGCGUGGGAGAGAGACCACGCUACCGGUGCUGCCUCCGAGACGCCCGAAGGAAGAGAUCACAGACGUGACACCAUCACCGUCCUCGCGUUCUGA